GGCGCGACGCGAGUCAGUCGUGCUGCCGGUGCGUAAGAGUCUACCCGCCAGUCUUCUUCGCUGCACUUCGGCCGCGGUCGGUCGAUCCCGCUCUCUCGGGCUCCUCUUCUCUCCCUCUCUCCCUCCUCUCUCUCUCUCUCUCUCUCGUGCGCGCGCGAUCGUUACUCUGAGAGAACGUCCGCGAGCGCCGUGGACCCGCGGCAGGUGAAAAGCCGACGAGAGUUGAUACAGUUUCCAGACACGACACCGGAUUCGGCACAUUCGGCAUUCGACGCCUGUCAUCGGCGGAUGUCAGGCGCGCGGCUACUGAUCUCCGAUUAACGAGCGCGUCCUCGGAUCGGACGCUCGUUGACGUUUGAACGGCGUGGGUAGAGAAACUGUGCUGCAGUGCCCUCGAUACAGAUCCCUAGAGAUAUCGAGAGAGUAUUUCGUGAGGGAUUCGAAUACUCUUGUACAAUAGUUUGGAUAAUUGCAUUGAAAGGUUGAAGAGCUCUCGAAUUAAUCAAGGGAGCGUUAGCUAUUGUGCUCUCCGUUAACGAAAUCUAGACUGAGAUCGAGCCAGCAGCGCGGUUGUUUGGCAGGAAGUUUGAAUAGUGAUUAUGCAAUUUCAAGCGGGAUUUCGCGUUAAAAUUUACGAAUUUGAGUUAAAUAAAGCGUAGACAACAUUCUAGUAGUAAAGAAACUUUGAGAUAAAACAACGGUACGGAAAAUCAAUACAAUUACAACUUGCAGCAGGGAACAACUUGAAGCUCGAGAUAAACAGCGAGACACUCGAAGUUUCGGAACCGAUCAAGGCGGCCAAUCUCCGAUAUUCGACAGGACAAUUUGGCGCGGAUUAAUCGUGGCGCGGAUUAAUCGUGCAGAUAGCAGAUCUAAGCAGAAUAGAACAACGAGAUUUAAAAGGUUUACUUUUGCAGCGGAUCGAGGCAGCACGCUCUCGAAUAACACGUAUUCAGCACGAGACGAAAAGUAAACACGAGUCGAAACAAUAAUCGACGCGAUAUCGGAACAAGCGUCGAAAUUAAAUAGCCUGCAUUCGAUACGGGAGCCUAAAACGGAUAUUUGUAAAUUAUAUCCGGUGCGAGAGGCAACGCACAUCCGCCGCGUGUCCUCGACGUAUUCGACACAAGACGACGAGGCGAGUUUCAACAGCGAUCAAGCCGGUCGUUGCACUUCGCCUGCUCACUUUGGUAAAUCUCCUCCGGGAGACGCCUCCUCGUAAUAUACCGUUACUAUCACGAUCGGACGAGGCGACCGCCUCUCGUGUCUUACUCUCACGACUGUUCCACAUCAGACUCUCCGAUUCUGCUUUCCGUUUUAAACGAGGACGCUUCGAGUGUUUGCUUUUUAUAAGACCUUGCGAGUCGGACCGAAAGGACUUUAAACGCGUCUUAGUUAUUUACAACAAACCGAUUACAAUUAGCCCGUGUCAAAUCGGCGAUAAGCCGAUUAAACGCAUUGGAAGUAGCGUGCGAUUUUGAUUAUUCUCGGAAACAUUCGAUAAAUUCCAAGCUAGUGAAAAAAGUGCUGAAGGAGGACAGUCGGGCGACAUACGAGAAAAUUCCAGCCUCUGUUAUGCGCGCGCUGACCGAAGCGAUGAAGAAUCGCGCGAUCAGCUGACUAGUCGAGCUAUUCGGCGGCCGUACCGCUGAUAAGGACAUUAUCCCAGACAAGGACUCCCGGCGACGCCCGCCGCCCGCUUGCUCUGUCAUGACAUUUGGCACGCCAUUCCACACCGAGAAGUCGCAGUUAGCCAGCGAGAAUUCCGCUCGGACCGGCAGUAUGGCAGCCGAAGAGGGGAUGCUGGGCGGUGGCCUGGGCGCAAAAUUGAAAUGCCCGACUCCCAUAUCGCGGUUGAGGGUGGAAAAGAUCGAGGGAGGUCUGAUGGUCGCCGGCGUAGUAAUAGCAGCGAAUUGCCAGAUCGCACUUCCGGCAUUCGGUACCCUCUUCAUGCUCGUCGGCGCCGUACUCACUGCUGCGUCUUAUCGCGGCCCUGGCGAGGACGAGGACAAAAAUUCAUACGCGGCACGAAUCGCCUUUACUGGCAAUUCUCGCAUCCUGGGGCCGAUUUGCAUAGUUGUGGGCGCCCUUAUGCUUGCCCUUGGCGUGCUGCUAUGUACGCUCACAAGACGCGCCAGGCGAAGGGAGCGCAGGGUGGGCUUCCAUUGCCCGCUUCACGGGGACUUCUAUCCUCUUAGUCCAGUUCAGGGUAUCAAAAUGCUCGGGGUAUCUGGCAAGGACGUAAGUGGAUGGCCAAAAAUCCCGUGUCUGAAGGGUCGUGCGUCUAGUAAAGGGGGAAGCGGCGCGGGAGGGCCACACGUGGGUCCACCGCAGUGUCCUCACUCUGUUUUAAGCAGCACUCGUAGCUCCGUCAGUAGCUCGCCUUUGAGUCCAUGCCCGACUCCCAUGCCCUUCCUGGUGACUUCAGGCUCCGUUAGUAGCGGCAUGGUGCAAAGUGUCGGGGCCAAUUUAUCGCCGGACCAAACAUUUGGAUCGAUCCGGUCGCUUUCGGUGACGAGGGAAGUCGCCAGUUUCCCUCUAUCGCGAACACCUACGCCGCCCCCGCAGCAUCGAACAUCGCUGGCGGCGAACCCCGAGGAGCUGGUGGGCGUCGAUAGCCCUCUAAGGGAGGCCUCUCCCAGACCGGAGGUGCGCGUGGUCGCUCCGUCCCAUCGGCCGGCACCGACGUCCGUCCUAGCGGCAAACGGCGGCCACCCUCAUCAUCACCACGCCGUCUCCACGGCGAGCCGCAAAUCCGUCAGCAUACUGCUGCCCGAGCAAACCAGCGGAUGACCCCAGUUGCUGCAGCAGCAACUGCGGCAGCAACAGCAGCAGCACGGCUUCGUACACCGUUGUGACGAGGCUCCGCUCUCGAUCUAAGAUCCGUCGCUCGUUCACCAGAGGACACUUCCGCAAAUGGCUAAGACGACGAUGAUGACAGGCGAACGCGCGAUCGUUCGGGUAACUGGGAAUUAAUUAAUCUCUUGCUCGCGAGUUCGUAUCGCGCCUCGAAUCGGGUGUAAUCUCUGCGUACAGCGCACGAGUAAAGCAAUCAGUCGUGAACACGGCUAGCUCGUUAGAGAACGAGUGAUUGAUGACCGGUUAAUGUCAUAUAACAUCAAGCAGAGUUUGACUAACUCCUCGUAGUUAGCUUGAUCGUUAUAGAUGCGAGAUCUCGAGAGAGAGUUGAACUAUGGUCGGCAUUAGACCGGGUGAAACAACUGGUUGUCUCUUAUCGCUCAAAUAACGACGUUCGUUCGUAAACCGAUAUAAUCGAAUCAUUACGAAUUAUCGCUGCUUGUGCGGAGAUGAUGCCCAGCAUUGAUCUCGAUUGAAAACCGUGCUUAGUGUCUCCAUAUUUUAUUGCUUGAUGGCAAAGUUUACCGUUAAACCAUAAGAUAAUUGAAAAAAAUUUGAGAGAAUAUUAUAAUCGUAAAUUGUGCGUGUGCAUGUAUGUAUGAGUAUAAGAUGGAAAUUUUUCUCUAUAUUGUAUAUAGUAUUCAAGAGAAACGAAAACGACGACAUUGGAGAAAUUUUACAUUUCCAGACUAUGAACCGUACGUGCUUCGAUUUACGCUCGUUGUAUUAUUAGAGCGUUCUUAUGCAUUAUUGAUGAUCUAGAGAGAUUCAACGUGCAGUACUGAUCAAAGGUGCUAUUAAACAUGCACACGUUGAUCGUAUGAGUCGGUAAUUUUACGUUGAUUAUUUUACAAAUUACACACAAGUCAAAAAUUAUAAAUUAAUAAGUGCAUCGCGGUAUAAAUGCAAAAUAUCAU